CUUUCGAUGACCGCGAUAUUCAUAUACUGUCUUCAUUAAGCUUACAGGAGUUUUCUGUUGCGUAUUGCCCUGGGAAUCUCAUCACCUGUAUGUUCACCCAUCUAUUGGCUCUUCGUUGUGCUGGUCAAGCCGCCAGAUCUCGCUGACUCUCUUUGCGUCCCGUCGUUCGUGCCGCAUGCCUGCACGCCACAGCCUCUUCGCCGACUACUUUUAGAAAUAUCCUGAAACACCACAUACGGCGCGGUCUACCCAUGCGUUGGUAUUCUAGAGACCUCAGAUCACUGCUUUGUUUGGGCGGCAUGGCCGUUCACGAUCAAAAUGUAUUCAAAUACCCGUGGGCCUCACUUGCCAAGUUCUCAAAAUCACACCCUUUCAUCAAUCUCGUUGACCUCAACUGUCUUGUUUACACGAAUCAGUUGGCGACAACUUCCUUCGAGUCUUUCAAUACCCUCACGACGAUAGGUCCCUGUCCUCUUUAGUGCAUCAUGAAGAGUCUUGCAUUGACGCCUUUGUUGAUUGUUUCUGCCGCUGCUAUAUUGCCUGAGAUCUCAGUAUCAAAGCGAGACAGACACACCCACGGCGCAACUGCAAACUUUGCUCGGAGCGCACUGCUCGAGCGACGUGCUGGAGGGACUGUCGGCACCAACGUGUUCGAUGUGCUAAGCUGGAGCUAUGGCGGUGCCUACUAUGCGAAUGUGACGAUAGGCUCGCCUCCUCAAGAACAAACCGUCAUCGUCGAUACAGGAUCAUCGGAUCUUUAUUUCGACGCUUCCUUUCUUCCAAAUUGCCAGAAACAAGGGCUAGGUUCAUGCCAUGGCGGAUCAUUCAAUCCCUCGAAAUCAAACACUUACAAGGAGAUAAUACCUGCGCCUGCCUUCAACCAACUCUACGGCGACGGUACCACCGCUACUGGUCCAUUGGCCAUGGAUACCUUCGGUAUUGGGGACGUUUCCAUCUCGGAUGUGAUCUUCGGCUUGGCUACCGAGACGGAAAGCAAGGUAGGCUACAGCGUUGGCCUCAUGGGAAUCGGCUACAACAUUGGGGAGGCCACUUCACUAGAAACUGGGAAGUAUCCAAACAUACCAGAAGUCCUCGUCAGCACUGGCAUAAUCAACAGUCGACUAUUUUCCGUUUUCCUGAACGACCAGAGGGAUAUCUCCGGUUCCAUUCUUUUUGGAGGCAUCGACACCAGCCGGUACUCUGGUAAUCUGGUCACAUUGAACAUGCUGCCUCAGUACAUCACAGCAACGGGGUCAUCUCCUGGGUUUCUUAAUCGUUACCUAAGUGUCGUGACUGCAAUGAACGCCACGGUAUCAGGCAAACUGCACAAGCUGACUUCAGGAGGCUCGCCCGACGUCAAAGCGUAUUCCGAUGAUGACGCCGGCUUGCCAGUAAUCCUCGAUACCGGCGCUGCCGCUUGGUUUUUGGAUGCCGACAUCUAUGCAAAAAUCAUCGCGCCUGUAUUCGACUUCGUCGAUGAAAAGGGCUUGUGCUCGUGUGCUCACGCCACGUCAAAUGAUUUUCUCAGCCUCGAGUUCGGCGGCAGGGUACAUAUCAAGGUCCCAGCCAGUGAAUUCAUCAUUCCAGCUUACGAUAUUGAGACCAAGGAGCCAAUUGCGUACGACGCGCACAAUCAAGCAUGUCUCUUCAUGAUUCAACCUCAUGAACCAAACGGGGAGGGCAUGAGUGGGCUCGGAGAUGCCAUUCUUCGGAGCAUGUAUGUCGUGUACGAUCUCGACAACGGUCAAAUCAGCAUCGCGCAAGCUUCCGAAGACGAUUCUGCUAAAUCUAACAUCGUGCCCGUGCCCGCUGGUCCCUUAGGAGUCGCCAGAGCAGUGUCGAACGUGGUCACCGCUUCACCCAACACCUGGACUAUUCCGCCCCGGAUAACUUACGCGACCAGCCACAGUGUCAGCACCCUCGCUACUGCGAUUGGCACGGCGACCGGCACGAACGCUGUGCCGUUGACGGCUCGACUCGGUGGCAAUGGCGGUGUCGUUGCCACGGGUACCCCGAGCCCCUCGACAUCGCCGAAUGCUGCGGCUGGUCGGCUCAUGCCAGCGACCGACUUCACCGGCCUGUGGAUGACCGGGCUUGCAGCCGUAUUCGCCACUCUCGGUGCGAGUCUGAUCUUGUAAAUUUCAUCGCGGGGUUGUCCUUUCUUUUUU